GCUUGGUUUGUUUUUACGUGAAAAUUACCAUUUCACUUGCGGUAUGUAAACGAGGAGGGCUUUCGGCGUUUCUCUACCAGAACGAAACCUUCUCUGGCCUGCUGCAACUAAAACAAUCUUCCACCCUCUUCCUAUCCUAGCCCGCCGUUCCUAAUAUGGCCGAAAAACGUCCGAAGUACAUGAACUGGAUUCUGGAAUGCAUCAACUUGCUUCGCAGUCGGAAAUCUAGGCCCGACUUGGAGCGAAUUUGCCGGACGAUGCAUAAGUGUCACGGAAUUGAUCAAAGAGACACCGAAGAGGAUUUAGCAGCGCUCAUCGCCAGUGGCAUCGUGACUAAGAGGUCUUUUAAAGGGGCAAUUUCUUAUCGCAACGCAUCUGGCUGGCACAGAGUCACAGGCUCCGGUAAAGUUUCGAGAGCCGCCCGAUGGGUGAGCGAAGCAAUUCGAGCGCUAGAUCGUGGUUACGGCGUCAGCGCAGUAGAUAUUGAGAAAUUCAUAAGCGCUCGGCAUCCCUAUUACCAUAAUUUGAAGGCCAGGAUCAAGAUCGCGUUAAAUGAAGACUUAGACCAUGGAAGAAUCUGGUCGAUAAGCGAGGGUAUGUAUCGCUUACUCGAAUCAGCUGAGAGCCCUGAAAGAGAAAUUCCAGCAUGCGACCAAGUUUGCGAUUUCUGUCUCCAUUCUGCUGCAUCAAACAGGAAAGGAGAGCCAGAAGAUUUACUGAUUUGUAGGGACUGUGGCAACAAAGCCCAUCCAAGUUGUAUGAACUACUCACCCGAAUUAGUUCUUAGAAUUACCUCAGAUGCCAGUGCAUGGCAGUGCAUCGACUGUAAAGCUUGUAUAAUAUGUAAUGACAGUGGAGAUCCUGGUAGUUUACUAUUCUGUGAUGCCUGCGACAAGGGCUAUCAUAUGCAAUGCCAUGUCCCUCCACUUGAAACUAUGCCUAUUGGAAAAUGGGUUUGUUAUAAUUGCCAGAAUCAUCCAAUAAAUCCAGUGCGUCUUUCUGAGUCUAGUGAGUUUGUGACUCAUGAGGCAGUUUCAAAGUCAGAAGCAGACAACAUUGUGAUGGCUGAUGACUUACCUCUUCAGUGUGAUGAAGAAAUGGGGGAAUGUACUGUCGAAGUGAAAGAUAUUCAUAUCCAAGUUGAUGCUGAGAAUGUUCAGAGAGAACUUGAAAUGCUGAGCCAGUCUGAAGUUUCGAGUGACAAUAAAACAGACUUAUUGCUACCAACAAAAGGAUCAAAUGGUGAUUUACAGACAAGUCAUUGUCAAUCCAACGGGGUUCAUUCAUCUGCAAAUUCAGGGUCAAAGGGCAUUGUUAAUGGUUUGCCUAAUACCCCAAUCAAAGGAUCAGGUGGAGCUCAUGAUUCAGCUAAAGAUACAGAAAAAAGUAAAAGCAAUUUGCCACCAGACACAUCACUUUGGACUGUCACAGAAGUUGUGUCGUUUUUCAGCUCUUUAGGAUUCCCAGAAGAAGCAAAGUCCUUUCAAAAUCAGGAAAUUGAUGGGAAAGCAUUACUUCUGAUGUCAAGGAAUGAUGUGUUAACUGGUAUGUCAAUCAAGUUAGGUCCUGCGUUAAAGAUUUACGUCCAUGUUGCCCGGCUACAAAGUCAAAAUGGCACCAUACCCUCUUGACGAAUAAUGACUUUAAGGUCAUAAUUUUUGUAAUGUAAACAGGGCUCUACACUAAUUUUUCAACUUACUAGCCAAAUGGCUAGUGAUAUCUUAGACGUUUUUAGAGGUUACAACAAUUUCAGUCUGUUUACUGGCCAAACUGGCUGUGGAAAUGAAAACCACCUGCCAAAACUGAAUUUCUACUAGUCUGUGGCUAGUGGGUUACUGUUAGUGUCGAGCCCUGAUAAAAGACAGUUAUGGCAAUAGCCUGUAUUUUUUCCUAUCAUGUAGUUUUGCUUCAGUUGUAAUUAACUGUUGCAGGUAAUUCUGUGUGCGGUUUAGUUUUGCUGUACGCGAGCAUUGUUAAUAUUCAUUUAGAAAUAACACACAUCUCCACCAAUCACAAUUAAGAUUUUGACUUCCGUCAAUCAUAUAGAAGGAAAUAAGACUUAGGCUGCACUUUCUGCUGGCACUUUAUGAACUGAAUUAUUUUAGACUAGCUUUGAUUGGAUUUCUUCACCCUUUAACUUCCAUGAAUGAUGAAGGCAGAAUUUCUCCUUACAAUAUCAAGCAGUAAAAAGAAAAAUCUCAGUUGAGGAUUAUUUGUAGAUCCAAUGUGAAAUUCUCUGAGCUAACAUUGUAAGAGUUGUAUGGCAGACGGUAAGUAGAGUUACUAAUCAGAUCUGGGAGGAUCCAUGAUUGCAUUAGUUUUCACUCAAUGAUGCUGUGUGAUUGAUGUAGAAACGUUUGCUUAUUUUGUUCUUUUUGUCUUGUUUACUCUUGUAUUUUUGAUCAGUCAAAGUACAUUAGCAACAUUGUGCCAUUUCGACUGGCUCUUUAGGCUUUUUCAGUUGUGUCACUCAGUGUUCCUUUUGAAACUGCCUGUGAAAAGUCAACUCAAACUUGUUGCUGGGUCCCCUCUCUAAUUUUUUGGUGGGAAGAUAGAGGACCUGGGAAUGAGGAUACAUUAGGAAGUUAGUAAUGAUAGUAAGGUGGCAUUUAUAAACAACAUUUUGUACAUGUGUAGAAAAUUUGUUUAGGGAAUUGAAAAUAAUUCACUGCUUUACAAAUAGAGCAAAUUUAGGGAUAAAUAUUACGCACUAGACUAAGUGUAAUGCUGGUGCAAAUCUUAGAUGUUCAGCUUGUAUUUGAAAGCUGCAAUUGCAGUAAUUGUUUAGAUGUUGUAAAUUGCCUUGAGAUAGGUUUUUCUGAACUUUAUUAGGGACAUUUCCUUAAGAAUAUUUUUAAACUGCUAAAUCAAGCAUUUGUCUUUCUCCUAAAUUAUUUUCUUGGUUCUUGAGUCAACCUGUUUCUUGUUUCCGUUUUAUGGAGGCCCAAGAGAUGAAGUUUAUUUCCUUUGUGUUGUUAUAAAAAGGUUUUAUUAUUUAAUUUAUUUGUAUGGCAAGGCUUAAUAUACAUACAGGGUUUUUUCCAAAAUUGAGUAGCAUUGAGCUGACAGGCCUUUUAGCCCUUUAGCUCCCAAGAUCUGAUUGUUAAUUCUCCCUUUAACUGCUACACAUUUCCUUGUAAAUUAGUAACAGGAAUUUGGUGUUAGAUCAAGAUGAUGACUUUUACCUGAUAACCCUGUCCUCUGUUUGCUGGUUUAUGUAUGAAUAUUGCAGGGAGAAGUUACAUAGUAAUCAUUUCUGCAAGUUAAAGGGUUAAAAGACAAAAUAACCUCUGCAAAACAUGUUAUCAAGUUUCCAUUGCCCACCCAUCAUUCCACUUACCCACUCCACCCUUUUUUUUUUUCUUUUUUUUUUAAUUUAACAAAAUCACUGCAGUGCCAGACUGAACGUUAAAUAUUUUGAUAACUGGUGUUAUUUUUUUUGCUAAAUGUUGCCGAGUGGGAAAAAAAGGCGUUUGAUAACCCUGUAGUAUUUCGUCAGUUUGUAAAAGUACCCACAAAGAGGAAUACUGCGUACUUCUCAAACCACCUCCCUUACCAAGAGGUCAACUAUUUUUGAUGACCAAGCAAAGUGCAAUGAAUCGAUUUCUAUUUGUAAAACAAUAGGCAACAAGAAGUCAGUCAUUUAGUGAGAUCGGAUCUUCCAGAUUAGCCUGCGUUCUAGGGUCUUAAUGGUGAUUCGUGUCACCACACGUGAGCGACAGACACGCGCGAAAGUCGCCCGCGUGUGCUAAUAGUGUCAGUUCGUUCUCACCGAGCCCCUGUAGCGCAGGCCAUCUCAAAAGCGGGUGCAAUGUUAACUACGUUAUCCAGUCAAUGAAAAGGCAAGGCCGCGCUAAACAAAAGACAGUGAGCUUGAAAAAUAAAAAAAUUCGUAAGGUUAA